GUCUCCUUGUUUCAACUGUCAACUUAAAUUCUUCUAUCUAUCUAUGCUUCCGCUUUGCCUUUGCCCUUCGCCAUCCUCUUCCUUCUCCUUCUCUCUCUCAGCAGAUAUUGUUGUAUGAUCUUCAUGAGUUCAAGAACCACUGGAGUCUUCACUGUUUCCUGCAAACCAGGAAACAAGAGCAGCUUCUUCUUCUGGCUAUUGUUUUGCUUGCUUCCCAAGUUUCUUGGAACUCCUAUCGCCUUUAUCUUGUUCAAGGCCAUUGAUAGGAGUCCUGCUGUAGUCAUCACUUAGGUGACAUUUCAGGGGGGUCAUCAAUCGUGUUUUUUUCGGCCAAUUUGCUUCUUUGGUAACAUGGUCUCCUCACAGUUAUCUGGUUUGACCAAGGGUCGUACAUGUAAACCAUUUGAUGCUCGGUUACUAUUUACUGCAAGCCCACUGGAAGCUGUUUUAACUGACCAGGUUGAAGUAGAUUUUUCUGAUGUGUUUGGCCCCCUGCCAGUUCAGGUUUCAAUAGAAGACAGUGGUGGUGAACCAGAGAAUACUGUUUCAGCUGCGGAUGUGACUGAGAUUGUUUAUGAUGAUCCAGCUAUUGUUUACAGCCGAUCGCAUUCUUUGCUCGGCCCUUCUUCACGUGUCAGUCAAUCCUUGAAGCUAAGCAAACUCAGUUUUUGCGAGGUAGGCGAUUCAGUGGAUCUAGUAGAAAGUAUUAAGGAAGAAAGUAUCAGUGAAGUUGAGGAGCUCUCUGUUGGAGAUGAUGGUGAUGAUAAGAAGUCCCUUAAAGAUGUUAAUGGAGAUCACAUGAAGGUCAUCAGCAUAGGCAUUGAGGAUUUUGAGGUUUUGAAGGUGGUUGGGCAAGGUGCAUUCGGAAAAGUAUAUCAGGUAAGGAAAAAGGGCACACCAGAAAUUUAUGCAAUGAAGGUUAUGCGGAAAGACAAGAUAAUGGAGAAGAAUCACGCAGAGUACAUGAAAGCUGAGAGGGAUAUUUUAACAAAAGUUGAUCACCCUUUCAUUGUCCAGCUCAGAUAUUCAUUUCAAACCAAGUAUAGGCUGUACCUAAUUCUGGAUUUCAUUAAUGGCGGGCACCUCUUCUUUCAGCUUCACCAUCAUGGUCUUUUCAGAGAGGAUCUGGCUCGUGUCUACGCUGCUGAGAUUGUUUCUGCGGUUUCACACCUUCAUGCAAAUGGCGUAAUGCAUAGGGAUCUUAAACCUGAAAAUAUUCUUUUGGAUGGUGAUGGCCAUGUAAUAUUGACAGAUUUUGGCCUGGCCAAGCAAUUUGACGAAAAUACAAGAUCAAAUUCAUUAUGUGGAACAGUGGAAUACAUGGCACCAGAAAUAAUUACGGGGAAGGGCCAUGAUAAGGCUGCAGACUGGUGGAGUGUUGGUAUUUUAUUAUUUGAAAUGCUUACUGGAAAGCCUCCUUUUACUGGUGGAAGCAGAGACAAAAUUCAGCAAAAGAUUGUUAAGGAGAGGAUGAAGCUGCCCAAAUUCCUUUCUAGUGAAGCACAUUCUCUGUUGAAAGGGCUGCUGCAUAAAGAUGCUUGUAAGCGCCUUGGAAAUGGACCUGGUGGAAGCGAGGAAAUAAAGCGAUGCAAAUGGUUCAAGUCAAUCAACUGGAGGAAACUAGAGGCAAGGGAAAUUCAACCCAGUUUCCGUCCCGAAAUUGCUGGGAAGCAUUGCAUUGCCAACUUUGACAAACGAUGGACUGACAUGCCGUUGACGUUUUCUCCAGCGUCUAGCCCAAAGACCAAUGCAAACCCUUUCACAGAUUUCAAUUACAUAAGGCCAGCUGCAACCCUUCUGUCAGAGUAGUUCCUUACGUUAGCUUGAAGGCUCAACGCUCAGCAUUGUACUGGAAUCAUGAUGUUAACUUCACUUCAAGUAUUUCCUUAAUGAUCAUUUUAGUUGUACUCCUAUGGUUAUUUUAAUUAAUAGUUAUUAUACAUGAGCAUUUUCAAAGUUGAUUUGAAA